CGUUUGUCUGCCGAAACAGAUACAAGAAGACGCCAUGUGCUCUAAGGUCCUACUUGCAUCCUUCUGCCUCGUGGCCUUGGCCAUGGGACGCCCUGAUGGUUCCCAUGCCCCUGUGGGCUACGGAUACAAAGCCCCUAAGCAUCAGCAGAGCUACCAGGAGGGGAGGCCAUUCGACUACUCCUACGUCGUCAAGGACGCCUACCAAAACCUCGACUUCGGUCACAAGUCCACCUCCGACGGGAAGGUGGUGACCGGCGACUACCACGUCCUCCUCUCCGACGGUCGCAAUCAGACCGUCGUUUACACCGCCGAUCACAACGGCUACCGGGCUCAGGUUGCUUACCACGGAGAAGCCAGGUACCCCGAAGCCAAGCCCUAUGCCCCUGCUCCUUCCUACGGCGCCCAUAAACCAACUUACAAAGGACCUUCCCCAGUCUAUGGAACUCAAACUCCUACUUACUGAGAACCCGAAGCUCUCCAUGGCGCCUCCGAUCACAGACAG